UGCAGUACAGCCCUUCAUCAUCCUUGCCCUACUAUUUCCUUCACUCCUAAUCUCUCCUCCACCGCCGCACGAUCUGUAUGCCUAGACCCUCCGGAGGGACAGCGGCGUGAAGGUCGACCACAAGCCGGCGUCAUUGUUGUCGGCGUUGCCGCACUCGGCCACCGCAGCGGACUCGAGCAGAGCUGCCGUGCAGCUGCAGCACGAAGCCGUCUUUAUCUAUCGCACUGUACUAUAGCCAUCGCUUCGCCCUCUUCUCGCACUCUUCACCAUGUUCUCCGAAUACGCCUCCCGCUUCCUACAACAGUCCAACGCCCGCCUUUCCUUCACCCAAGAUGAUGGCAGAAGUCGCUCGCGCAAUCCGCUCGAUCGCCGACGUCCACCAGCAUCGCACUCCCGCUACGUUCAGCGCCCCGGCGGCAUGAAUCACCACCCAUAUCAGAACCAGCAUCCCGCUUCCUCGCAAUCACGUUUCCCCUUCGCAUCGCGUUUGUCACGACAAGACCCACAGGCUCCGCUCUUCUAUAGCGCGACCGACGACUUCCAGGACGAGGAUGAAGGCGACGAGCAUGAGCGGGAGGUAGCAGACUUCUACGCUCUGCAACGAAGCAGGCAGCAUUUCGGGCCCAGCAAUCUCACGGAAAGCUCAGAGGUUGAAGACGAUGGCACGGAGAGAUUGGAAGACACGCAGCAUGGUCAAAAUCACGACAGAGACGCAAGCCUACCCCGGGGCAGGUUGGGAGCUCCAUAUCCACCUUCGUCACGCGCGGAGAGCAGGGCAUCGGAUGUGAGUGGCAAGGGCAAAGGGAGACUGGUGGAUGUCAACCUCAACAGUACAAUUGAUGAGGAGCCUCCUGAGUCGCUUGCGAGACUAUCGCCCUCCAUCGAUCCGGAUGAGCCACCCGCACCCUUCAAGCCAUUCCGGUCAACGACAAAGCCCAGCGGCCUCAGUUCAUUUCUACCUCUCGAGACCGACGAUGAAACACAUCGACUCCACCCUCGACCCAUGUCGCCAGAUCGCGAGAGUGUGCCACCCACCGUCAUCUUGCCUGCGCAGGAACCCCCGAAGCACGAUGCAUUCUGGGCGAACCUAUUCCAGAUCUCCUUCUGCACAAUGUUUGCCGUCUUCGUGCUGAUCUGGUUCCAAACUUCGACGCCGAAGAAUUCCCUCGGAGACACCAUCUACACUGCUCUUCGUGGGAGCACGAGCAUGCUGGUGUGGGACACGCUGAUUGCGAUCGUGGUGGCACUGAUAUGGCUGUCGCUACUUCGAAACCACGUACGACCAUUGGUGUACAUUCUCAUCAUCGCAGUGCCUGUCAUUCUGUUCGCGUUUGCACUGUACCCCUUCAUCAGCAGCUUCCGUGGCUCCUGGAACGGCAACUCGAUCCAGGACAAGGCAAUGCGAUGGGGCUCAUUUGUUCCCGCAAUUGUCGGCUUCUUCUGGACCUGGAGUGUCAUCAAGAAUCGACAUAGCCUGCACAGUUCUAUCAACGUGCUCGAAUUCUCAACCAAAAUUAUCGCAGCGAGCCCGUUCCUCGUGGUACUUGGCUUCGUGGCGCUCGGCGUAGUCGUUGUAUUCUCCUGGACCUGGAUGCUCAUGUUCGAACGCAUCUUUCUUUCGGGUCACUUCACAGGCGCGAAGAAGUGGGUAAUCAACGCCAAUAGCUGGUGGCUUGGAGCAUACUUCAUCUUGCAGUACCUCUGGAGCUUGGGAGUCAUCGCAGGCCUACAACGAGCAACGACCGCUGCAGUAGUCAGCCAAUGGUACUUCCACCGCCUAGCAGUGCCACAGCCGACGAGCCAGGAAGUGGUCAAGGCAAGCUUUUUGCAUGCUACAGGAGCCCUCUUUGGUACAACCUGCCUGAGCACCUUCCUCAGCCUUCUUGUUCGACUACCGUUGAUCAUCCUCCCUGGCCGAUUGUCUGGUGUACUCAAUAUGGCCGCAUACUGGAUCAUGCCGAGUAGCUUGGCCACGCUCACCAACCCUCUCACUCUCACGUAUGCUGCGAUUCACAGCCAACCACUCGGGAUAGCCGCUCGGGGUCUGAACCACCUCAACUUUAUUUCACAUACGAAUCCAAGCAAUACUCUCGGAACACGCAACUUCAAUCCUUCCCAUUCUGGAAGUGCCCUUAUGCCAUACCGCCUGGCGAAGCUCCUUCUGCAGGCCACACGUUGGAUAAUGUCCUUCGCGCUUGGCUUCGGCGGCUGGGUCCGAGCUGCACACAGCAUUCAAAUACAAGGGGCUGCAUCAGGGUUUCGAGGUAGUUUGUACGCCUACAUCGUCGGUAUGAUUGCCGGUACCAUUGGCUUUGCGGUUCUAGGUUGCAUCGAGAACAUUGUUGGCGGCGUGAUCGAUGCGACAAUGGUCUGUUGGGCAAGCGAGACAGCAGGUGGGCGCGGUGAGGCAAGGUUCUGCCGAGAAGCAGAGGAACUCUUUGGAAAGAAGACAGGAGUGAGUCUCGGUGAUAGAGACAUGGUAUAGAGAGCGUAUCGACGCGAGGACCCAAAUGAUUUUCAUGGAACAAUAACACGAGUUGGAAUUAGCGAAGGUACAGGACACGGCGUUCUCAAAGCUGGAUAUGGAAUUGGAUACCCGGAACCACAUUGCAUUGUUUCAAGAUAUAGGCCAAGAAUACAUGGCAAGUCCACAUUGUCGCCUUAGACAUUAGUGCAUAUUCAUCGCCUGCCCCCUUGUGCC